UCAUCUCUUAUAUUUUGACCAAAAAAUUAAAAAACUCGUUUGCCUUUAAAUAAAUAUUGUAAACAGCAGUGGUUAAGUUAUUCACAUCUUGUAUUUCUCAGUGUGCUAAAAUUGUGACUCCAUUUUAUUAAACAAUAUUUAAAUAUAAUUGCAAUUUAUAAUAAACGAAACAAAUCAGAAUUGGAGGUGUUUGAAUGUUAAGAAAGAAUUUUCCUUCGACAUUUCCUUUAUUUGAAUUUUAAUUUGAAUUAUGGAAAAAUCACAAGUGAAAGCAGAGAACCUCAGCCUUAUUGACAGUGGUGGAAACAUUAACGAUGAACAACUUAACAAUGUUACAAAUGAAGAAAUAAUCAAAUCAGAUCAAGUUUUUUCUUAUGGAAAUGAAAUUUAUGGAUCAGAUUAUAAACGCAGGAAGCGGGGAAAUCUGCCAAAAAACGCAGUCGAUGUUCUUAAAAAUUGGCUGUGGAAUCAUCGUUUCAACGCAUAUCCAACAGAAGAAGAAAAAGUGAUGCUAUCACGUCAAACUGGUUUGACGAAUCUUCAAAUCAAUAAUUGGUUUAUAAAUGCUCGUAGAAGAAUUCUCCCAGAUAUCAUACGCCAAGAUGGCCUUGAUGUCAAUUUGUACAAAGGACAUCGACGUUCGAAAAUCCCAAAUGAAACAUUUUCACAAAAGUCUAAGAUGUCAAACAUUGAAGUUGGUGGAAGACUGAAAAAUAGCAAUGAAAACGCUGAAAAAUUUUCUGCUGAAAUUUUAGAUGAUUUGAUUUACAGAUCCGAUGGAGACAGUGAUCAAGAUUCUUCUGUUGCUAAAUAUAAUCCUUCGAUAAGUAAUGGUUCGAUGUCUCUUAGUCGACAGCAGAAUGUAACUUUAUUCUCUAAUGAAACUUCUCGUCGAAAGUCAACCCCAAUGCGAAUUGCUCCUACCGUACCUUGUCAAUCAAAAACAACAUCAAAUACUGUUCGAAUUAAAGGCGUCAUUCGUGAAGCUCCGAAUUCAAAAUGUUUGUAUCUCCUAGUUGAAUCAUCUUAAUCAAGACUUAAUUCAGCUCAUGUAGUUUCUUCAUAAAUGUAAUUUUCAAGUUUUAUUUUCCAUUUAAAUUAAAAAAAGAAAAGAAUUACUCGAUGUUUCUUAUGUUUUAUUUUCUCCUAAACUGUUUAUUAAUUCCAG